GAAAACAUACCUCAAAGGCUGUUGAAGAACUGCUCACCAUUUUGGGGAAACAUGUUGAUCAGUACAAACCGUCACGCAACGUAGCAAACUUUGAAUCGAACUGAACGCACCCCUGGUUACCCUGUCAGCAGAGAGGGAGGAGAGAAAGACACGUCUAUAAACUCAUCUCUUUCCCAUGUCUCCCUAUUUCACAACCGUCCUGGGGAGGGAAGAGCAAAGCUAACUGGUGGCCAUGAUUCAGCCAGCACUUCUACUCCUGCUACUGGCAGCCAUGUCCUCACCAGUGUUUGGGACUGAGAUAUCAGUGCAUCACUAUUGUGUAUCAGUUUGUUCUCUCACUACCAAAGUCUGCACUACUGGUUGUGUGAGGGACCUACUGGACGAAGUCAGUUUUCUGGGGAACAAUAUUGCGAAUCAGCCAUUUACAACCGAAAAUGCAAGUCAGUGCAGGCAGGAAUGCACCAAAAAUGUCACGUGCCAGUACUUCACAUUUGUUGAUGAAAAUGCAGGAAUAGAAGUCCACAGAAACAAAUGUUUCCUGAAGGCCUCAACUGGUGAUACGCCCGAAAUUACAAUACAGCACCUCCAACAUGCAACCUCAGGCUACUCUCUGAGAAACUGCAGUGGUAAAGUCACCUACUCAGCCAAAAAGUACAGCCUUGUCCCUGAGAAGAAAAAUUGGACCGAAGCACAAGAGUACUGCAGACAACACUACACAAACCUCGCCAUCAUACGCACAGAAGAGGAUUGGAAGGCAAUUCAAUCCUCUUUGGGUAAUUUCAGUGGUGAUGUGUGGAUUGGGCUCCAUAGGUCUGGUCCAACUGAAAAGUGGAAGUGGUCUGAUGGAGAGGACUUCAUGUUCUUUAACUGGGAAAAAUCUUUUGGUGUCCACACUGAGGGUCAUAACUGCGUCUUUUCCCUUUCAUCUCAUUGGCAACCAGUGGAUUGUGCAGCUCAAAGACAGUAUAUGUGUCAACGAGUUCAUCAUGGUAAUGGAACAACAGAGAAGGUGUAUGAUCUGAUGCCUGGGCCAAAGACUCAGCAGGAUGCUGAGACAGACUGCAGGACAAUAAACGGCAGAGAACUGGCGAGUAUCUGUAACCAGAAAGAACAGGAAGCCUUUGAUGAGUUGACUACAAAGGAGACCUGGAUUGGACUUGAGCACAACAAAAACAACACACUAUGGGAAUGGUCAAACGGAGAACCAUUUCAGCAAAGGGAACUUACCUGGGGAGAUGGAAACUGUCAACAGCUGAACUCAGACAGAAAAUGGACUCCAAAAGAUUGCUCUAAUCAAAGUGCUUUCUUUUGCUAUGCAGAUGAACGUCCACUUAACACCACUGGGGAUUUGACCAUUCCUGUUACCCCUGAAACCACCAGCCCUACUUCAACUGGACCUACCUCUAUCAAGACGUCCACCACAACACCUACCACUUUACUACCUACUACUACAAUUGGACAGUCCAUCACCUCACCACCAACCUCAACUUCCAGUGGACAACUGACCUCAUUAGGUCCUAACUCCCCAGACAGGAAUUCCACAUCCUCCCCCAGUUGUACAACUUCUCCACUCCAUCCUGAUUACCUGCACUACUUCAACGAGUCCAAGAGUUGGAUCAAUGCCCUGAAGAUCUGUAAAAGUCGUCACUCCAACCUGGUACACAUCACCAACCAGACUGUGCUGACUGACUUGACCCAGCUCCUGGCUAAUGUGGAGCUGCCAUGUGGGGGGGUGUGGAUUGGUCUGGAGCGGUCCAUCUUUGAGUGGAGCGCCCCCUGGCUGUGGACCAGUGGGGAUGUUGAUAAGGUGGUGAAGUACAGUGAGUGGCACAGCUGCUUCCCCCUCAACCCCAUCAAUUACCACUGUGGUAAGAUGGUCUGGGUUGGUAACGGAGAACUGAAGUGGCUGGAUGCUUCCUGUCAUCAGGAAUUACCCUUCAUCUGUCAAGAUCUCCACUAGAGGGCUCUCCGUGUCAUUAUGGACAGUCUGCAGACAGACACCACACUGAUCUGCCAGAAAGACUACCACCUGGUCAUUAUAUUAUUACACUACGAUUACUAAUAUUAUUACUACUUUUACUUAUUAUAAUCUCUAUUACAUGAUAUUGCUUAAUGAUAGUCUACUUACAUAUACUAACUCAUAAGCAAUGUUAUUUGACCUAUAAUUUAAUAUAAUACUUUGAUUGUUUAAAAACUGUGUGAUCUGUACUUUUUGAGAACGCUAUUUAGUUAGAAUGUAAUUAUUUUUAAUUUUGUAUUUCCUUUCAUCUCUGUUCUGAAUAAACAACCAUUUAGAGUUUGA